AAGGAGCCUGUCCGGCUCGGAAGGAGAGACUCCGCUGAAGCAAGUGGCGGAAAGCGAGUUUCUGGAGGGGCUCGAAGAGAGAAGGAUGUACAACAAGGUCGAGGACGAAGAGGUGUCAGAAUUUAUCUGUUUUCAUCUAAUUUGGCUGUAAUAAUCCUCUUUUGGUGAGCAGCAACAUGAUGUCAAAUAGAAAUAAUCUUGCUUACCACAGUCUUAGAACAGAUUCCAACAAAAUGUUGGAAGAAUAUGGCCAUAUGCAAAACCAGGCGGAAUUACAAAAUACCAGUUUGGGAAAAGAGGUAGUUAUGAAUUCUCUUGAAACUGAUCUCCAGCAUAUAAUGGACAAACUCAACCAGAAAAAAUACUCAUCAAGUCUGAAAUUAAAAACAAAUGAAGACUACUCUGGUUCUUAUUUAACACUCUCCCAGCCUCUGGCACCUAAAUUGAGCCCUGCAUCCAGUGUUAAAAGUAUGCCAUCUGUUUCCAAAAUUCAGGGAAUCAAAUCUUUGGCUUGUGAGAACUCUUAUCUUUCAGACAAAAAUGCUUCUCGAAAGCAUAUGGGUCCCAUUUCAGGCACAUUCUCAUCGUUAAGUGGGUGCAGCCUUGGAAAGAAAGACUUUGAUGUUUAUGCUACCAGGGAAAAUGAAAAGCAGUUUGGACAUCUGAGUAAAUUUCCCUAUUCAAAGUACAGUCAGAAAAAUAAAUCUCAUGAUAGUGUCUAUUUCCCAGGAGCACUGGAUGGGUGGAAAAACUCUGGAUCUCUUCUUACAAUGUGGAAUGGGAAUUCAGGAAAUGAUAUCAUUAUUUCACCAUUCGGCAGCUCUGGAGCUGCCAGUAUGCCCUCUAGUCCAAAACAAAGCAGGAAAAUGAAUAUACAUGACAUUAUAUCUGUUCAGGCUAGGUCAGCUAAACAAAAGGAUUCAGUAAUGGAAGCUCAGGGGCCUAGAACCAGAAAAUAUCCGGGUGGUUCAUUGAGCCACAUGGGAGUUUAUAGUCGGUCAUUGCCCAGGCUUUACAAAUCAACAGAAAACCAACUCACACCACUGAGUUUACCACCCAGAAACUCUUUUGGGAAUUCCAAAAGAAAGAAGACUUUUGAAAAAGACCUUCUACCUCAAAAUAUACUGGAUGCCGACAAUUACCUUCAUUUUUCUUCUUGCACUUCAGGGGUAUUGCCAUACACAAACUUUCCACCUGAAGUGAAUUCCUAUGUAAAUUCAACUCUCAGUGUUCCUGCAAGCCCCCGGAUAGCUAGGAAAAUGCUUGUGGCAUCUACUUCCUCAUAUGCAUCUGAUGACUUUGAUAGGGUUGGAUUGUCAGAAACAAGCCCUAAUAAUUCAUUUAUUCCCUUUGAUGCUGAGAGAGGGUUUCCUGCAAGAAGAAGAAUUUCCAAUAGCUCCAUGGAGUUUGAUGAAACAGAUUUGGAAAGCCACAGGCAGACGCCUUCCAUUCGAGAGAGAAAGAGCAGCAUUAGUUCUGUUUCUGGAAGAGAAGACCUAAUGGACUACCACAGGAGGCAAAGAGAAGAAAGGCUGAAAGAACAGGAAAUGGAGAGACUGGAGCGCCAGAGACUAGAAACCAUUCUUAAUCUAUGUGCAGAAUAUUCCAAGACUGACAAUGAACCUGCCACAGUCACUACCGUAGCUGAUGUUCAGAAAAUUAAUAAAGAACUUGAAAAACUCCAGUUGUCUGAUGAAGAUUCGGUCUUUGAAGAUUCUCAGAUAAUAGCAGACUCAAGAUUCAGAGAUCAUUUGCAGCUUCCAGCUGAAGAUUCUGAUUUCUCUGAAUUCAAUGAUCUUGGACAAAAUGCUAUGGGUUUCUUUUCUUCAAGAGGAACAAAUAAACAUUUAAAUGGCAACAGGACAAGUUCACCUUUAUCUUCUGCUUUCCUUAAGGAUGUCACUGAAUCUCCCUAUCUAAGCAUUAUGUCAAAGUCACCAGAAUGCAUAAGCAAUGAACAAAUAACAUCAGAACUUAAUCAAAUGGAAGAACAGCGCAUUAUAAUACUAAAUAACCUGGAAGAACUUGAACAAAAGAUCAAAGACUUAAAUGAUCAGAUGGAUGAAUCCUCCAGAGAGAUGGAUAUGGAAUGUGCCCUAUUGGAAGCAGAGCAGAAAUCUGAAACAGCUGAACUGCUCAAGGAGAAGGAAAUAGUAGAUCAUUUGAACAGGAAGAUAGCAGAGUUGGAGAGAAAUGUCAUUGGUGAAAAGGCCAAGGAAAAAAUAAAGCUUGAUGCUGAGAGGGAAAAACUAGAAAAGCUUCAGGAGCUUUACUCCGAGCAGAAGACUCAGCUUGAUAAUUGCCCCGAGUCCAUGAGGGAACAAUUACAGCAGCAGCUUAACAGGGAUGCAGACUUGUUGGAGGUAGAAAGCAAACAUUUUGAAGAUUUGGAAUUUCAGCAGCUUGAAAACGAGAGCAGAUUAGAUGAAGAAAAAGAGAAUUUAACACAACAGCUUCUGCGUGAAGUUGCUGAAUAUCAGCGUAGCAUUGUUAGCAGAAAGGAAAAGGUUUCUGCUCUCAAAAAACAAGCCAAUCACAUUGUACAACAAGCACAAAGAGAACAAGAUCAUUUUGUGAAAGAAAAAAACAAUUUACUAAUGAUGUUGCAGAGGGAGAAAGAAAAUCUUUGCAAUUUAGAAAAGAAGUAUUCCUCACUAUCCGGAGGCAAAGGAUUUCCUCUGAGUCCCAGCAGUCUAAAAGAGCUAAGAUCACCUUUCUGUUAUGGAUCUGUGAUUCCUCACUCUCUCUCUCCUCGCCCUCUUGCACAACUCUCACCAGCCGACUGGCCUGAGGUCAGGGCUGCCAAUAUAGAGUCUUUUACUUUACCUGAUACACCACCUCCUCUACCAGCUAAGAAAAACCGAAGGGAACCCCAGCAUUUCCGAAAUUUGGAAGAGAGAAAGAAGCAGCACAAAGAAGGCCUGUACAUGAGUGAUACUUUGCCUCGCAAGAAAACAGCUCCUCCCAUAUCACCUCAUUUCAGUAGUUCUACUCUUGGACGAACUGUUAAGGGUCACCUGCCACUUGGACAAAGCAGUAGCUGUGGCAGCAUACUUCCUCAUUGUUCAGGAUCUAUGACCAAAGAUUUGGAGACAAGGAGAACACAUAAAGGUUAUAAUCAUCAGCAUCUCCGUGAGGAUCAAAGCCAGAAGUCUCCUGAAUUCUACAGCAGAACUGCCUCAGAAUCAAAUGUGUAUCUGAAUGCCUUUCAUUAUCCUAAUCCUAAUCUGAAAGACCACACCUUUGAUACUCUUAGUUUAGAUAGCACAGACAGUAUGGAGACAAGUAUAUCUGCCUGUUCCCCAGAUAAUAUUUCCAGUGCCAGUACUGCAAAUGUGGCAAGAAUAGAAGAGAUGGAAAGACUUUUAAAACAAGCUCAUGCUGAGAAGACACGGUUGCUUGAAUCCAGGGAACGAGAAAUGGAAGUUAAAAAAAAGGCCCUAGAAGAAGAAAAGCGUCGCAGAGAACAGUUAGAAAAAAGGUUACAAGAAGAAACUAGUCAGCGACAAAAACUAAUUGAAAAAGAAGUUAAGAUACGUGAAAAACAGAGAAGCCAGUCUCGUCCCCUGACUCGUUAUUUGCCAGUCAGAAAGGAGGAUUUUGAUCUGCGUGGCCACAUAGAGACAGCUGGCCAUAAUAUAGAGACUUGUUACCAUGUCUCACUCACUGAGAAGACUUGCCGGGGCUUUCUUGUUAAGAUGGGAGGGAAAAUUAAAACAUGGAAAAAAAGAUGGUUUGUGUUUGAUAGAAACAAAAGAACAUUUUCUUAUUAUGCAGACAAACAUGAAACUAAAUUAAAAGGAGUAAUUUAUUUCCAAGCCAUUGAAGAAGUUUAUUAUGAUCAUUUAAAGAAUGCUUGCAAGAGCCCUAAUCCAUUGCUUACCUUCAGCGUUAAAACUCAUGACAGAAUAUAUUAUAUGGUGGCCCCAUCACCAGAAGCUAUGCGAAUAUGGAUGGAUGUAAUAGUUACAGGAGCAGAAGGAUACACACACUUCAUGUUGUAGUAAUAUAGUGCAAAGUUUCGACAAUAGGGCAUAAUGCAAUAAUAGCUGUGUUUGUGAGAAUGGAAAGCCAUUGACAAGUCAUAUGUAUAAAAUUCUAUCAAUAGAACUAAUCUUAAUCUCAAAAGAAAAUGUAUCAUAUGUAAGGAAACAUGAAAUUCUGGUGGGACUUUAUUUUGUUAUGUAUUCGAUUUAUUAGAUGUUGACGUAACACAAAAAACCCUCUACUUAAAAGAUAAGAACCCUCCAAAAAUGAAUAACCAGCCAUAAGCCAAUUUAUGUGGCAUUUUCUUACAAAUUCUACCAUGCUGAACUUUCCUUAUGGAAAAAAAAUGUCAUUAACAGUGUUGCUAUACUUUUAAGUAUAGUAUUUUGUAUUAAGAAGUGAAAGAGAAAGAUAUGAUGCCUCUAUAUUUAAUGUACAGGGUUUAUGAACAAUUUUAUGUUCUUUUCCUUACAAGUAUUUUAUAGCAAAUUUUAAGCUACUGUUUGCAGUGUUUUUUGUCUUAAAACACAACCAAAGAUUCAUACUCCGUGUGUAGAGAUUUAAUUUUAUGUAAUAGAACAGUUUUUAAAUUCUUUUAUAUAUACUAGUGUUUUAAAAUCUUUCUAUCUGUAUCUUUGAAUGCUGGAUGUUAUUUUGAAUGUUAACAAAAUUGAUAUCUUUAGGUAUUUUAGCUUUCUUCUUUAGAGGAUAGAAUCAGAUGAAAAUCUAUAGUGAGCAAUUAUGUCUGCAUUUCUACUGAGGCUAUUGCUUAUUUUCUUAGCAAAUUACAAUUUCUUUACAAAAAUAUUCCUUCACCAUACAGCAUAGAAUUAAGAACCAAAAUUAAAAAGCCAUAACCAUGUAAGGACCUCCCCAAAUAACUUGGUUUUUGUGUGUAAAAUUACAAGUCUAUGGAACAACUAUUCACAACUUUCCCAUAUAAAAUAAAUAUUUGAAUGUAAUUGAAUAUUCUCCCAGACUAAAUUGGCUUAUAAACUAGAAUGAAAAAUUUCUUAGGAUAUACUGUACUUAAGAGCAAUCAUGAAGAAAAAUCUUCAAAUCUUUUCUGAAUUAUAUUUCCAUUGAUGAUGAAGCAUUUCUUUUUGGCACACAGACAUAUUUUGCAGCUAAUUUGAUAGGUGUCUGAAUAGAAGCCAUGAAAACUUAUUUUGCAUCAUAAACAAAAUUGCAACAGUUCUACUACACAUUCAUUUUAGUGCUAUGUUUCAGAUUUCAUAUUCUAGAUCACUCUUUAUGUUGUUAACAUAGAAAAAAUUGUUUCACUAAUGUACUGAGGAAACUAUCACAGCAUUUCUCUUGAAUAAAGUGCAGUACAGUCCUUCUUUCUGUUCCUCAUGUCUGAAGAAAUGUAUGGGGACCAUAAUUCAGUUAACAGAGCAUGUGCAUUAUGCAAAUACUUCCAGGUUUGAGCUCAGGCAACUCUGAUCAAAAAAUUAUUUAGUGCUGAUUAUAAGAAAGAUAAUCUUAGAGGGGAUACUGGACUAAAUCACUAACCACUGAUUCCAGACUCAGUGGGUAAAUUAAUUGAUGGUCUGGACCCUAUAUCUAGCACUUGCCAUACCAUGUUUUUAAAAAAUUAUGCAUUCAAGGGAUCACCGUGUUAUGUUCUUAAGAUUAUAUAUUCCUUAAAGACCAUUUCAUUUAAGAUAAUCUUAUCGUCUUUAAGUACUGUAUUCAGAGGAAGUUUGGAUUUUGAAUCAUGCUUGUAUUUGAUGUUGCCUUUUAAUAUUUUGAUUUUAUACAUGCCAUAUUUUCAGUGCACUAAAUGAAAAAUCUUAACUCUCAUUAAAGAAAUUAUAAAUAAACCACUUUCAAAAAUAGUUAUUGAAAUAUACUGAAUUUAGUAUAGUGUGUGGUGCCAAGUAGCAUGAUAACAGUAGUUCAGAGAUGCCACAUAUCUUCGGAUGCAUUUACACGAAAAAUCACAUUAAAAACUUGCAUUUAAAUUGUUGAAUCAGGGCUUAAAGUUGUUUUUCUUUUAAUUAAAUGCAAAUAAAUAAAGAAGUAUUAAACUUUAAUUGUAUAUACACUGUGUAAUAUAUGUUAUUUAACUUACUGGUAUUUACUUGUGGUUUUGUUCACCAGAGAAAAAGGCAUUAAGUUUAAUUCAGACUAAAUCAUAUUAAAGUAAGACCAUUGAAAUCUAUCAAAAUUAAGUUUGUAUUAAUAGAAAGGUGGAUUGCUUCCAGAAUUUUGUUCUCAACACAAUUCAUCUAGAUCCAUCCCACACUAAAAAAUAAAAAAUACAAAAGAAAAACUUAAAUUUGUGUCUUCUGAAGGAAAAGGAGUUUGAAAAUUUUGCUUCACCAAUGUUAUAAGAUAAUUUCCAAAAAUUAAUGCCAUUGGUUUCACUGUUUCUAAUGAAUAUUUUAAUUUUACUUCUAUAUAAAUUUUACAGGUUUUCUAUUUUUUUUGUAUCUUGCAUGUUGUAAUGGCAACAUUUAAAUAAAUGUUAAAACAUUUU